CCACUCUUGACCGGCUUUCGUAGCUCCAAAAUUUCCCUAAGAAAGCGACUGCAUCGAACGGUUUUGUUCGUCAAUUGUAGGAGAGAGGCUGAAGCUCCUGAACACCAUUAGCGACGACGACUGAACCGACGACGGACUGCGAGGAAGCACGAGAUACCAAUCGUCUAGCGAAGGGAUAGACACAACACUUGGGACCUAGUCCAUCCGAAGUCGAGGCGAAUCGAACCCCCGAACAGCCGUCCUCACCACGAACGGAGGAACUGUCACGGCUCGACAACAAUCCACAUCCUUCCUCUCUCACCCGUCGACAUACACACGCACACACAUCCAAAAUGUUCGGAGCCUUCCGCAUGACCUCCCCGCUCUCGAGCGGCCUGCUCUGGAAGAUCCCGUGGCGGCUCUCCAAGUUCCAGAAGCGCCGCCACCGCGAGCGCCUCCGCGCCGUCGACGACGUGAUUGCGACGGUGGACGCCGCGCUGGCCAAGAAGGGCGAGACGGUGGCCGCGCUGGAGCGGUGGAAGGCCGAGAUGCCGACCGAGGCGGAGAUGCUGCCGCGGGACAAGUAUACCAUGUUCGAUCGUAAGGAGAAGAAGUACCGCAAGGGCAUUCACAAACUUCCCAAGUGGACGAGAGUUUCGCAGAGAUUGAACCCGCCGGGUUACUAAACCUCCAGUGCCAUGUCGGAGGUAUUUGGGUGGCAAGAAUCUUAGGAAAAGGGAGAAACGGCUUGUCGGGAGACUUACGGCCCAUGUACGAAUAUGUACUCUACGCAACCUAAAGCUGAGGGAGAAGACGGGAUCCAACGGACGGCUACAGCUGAGGCCGUUGCAGUGGAUAGGAGCAGACGGAACAGCUUCUCUGUAUAUUAUAGCAUCUGCUUUGGGGCUCAUGAGACACAAUCACAAUCUGUACAGCUGCACAGGAACAAUUUGAAUGUGACCUCAGCCAAAAGCGCAAAGUUCCAAUCACGCACCCAAAUUUAUAUCAUUUCAAUGUCCAUG